CAAUUAUACAGCAUUAAUAAUGCGUAAAUGUACAACUUUAAACUAAACCUUGUUCUCCUACUUGUAAGCCGGUUUAGAUGAAAGUUGUUAAGUUUUCACUUUGCUGGGUUUUUACAGGCGUGCGUAUGUUUCAGUUUUAUAAACAAUCUGUCAGACCUUGUACUUCCUCAAAUUAGUAAAUGUUUUGCGGUGUGUGAUUAAGUACAUAGACACAGAGUGAAGUAACAGUCAAUGCUUUCCCUCCAGAAUGAAAAGAUCGUGGCUUCUGCGCUCAGCGUCAAAGACCAUUGCUUUUUUUAUUUUCUUGUUGAUUGUCUUUGUAUACGUUUAUAAUUUUGUAUUUUCAAGAAUAAAUGAAGAUGACAUUUCUGGAUCAACAGAAAUGUUUGUGAGACAGCGACUAACUGUCAAAUAUGGAAUCAAUUGUUCUGCAAUAUAUGACAUGGACCCUAUGGAACUGGGAAAAUCCUUAAUUGUCCGUAAAAACAAAAGGUAUGUGGGUCCUUCUGACAUGAACAUUGUGAACGCGGUCUCUGACUGCGAUCUGUUUGUUGUAUCACAGGGUUUUAAUGAGAUACAAGGCUCUGAGUUUGAGCGUGAGUUUCCUCUUGCUUACUCUUUGGUUGUUCACAAGAAUGCUGAUCUAGUGGAGAGAUUAUUAAGGGCCAUUUAUAUGCCACAUAAUGUUUAUUGCAUACAUUAUGACCAGAAAUCUUCAGAUGACUUUAAAUCAGCGAUGCAAGGACUGGCCCGCUGCCUCCCUAAUGUCUUUAUCGCCUCAAAACUGGAGAGGGUGCAGUAUGCAGGCAUCUCACGCCUCAAAGCGGAUCUCAAUUGUCUGUAUGAUCUCCUGGAGUCUGAGGUCAAGUGGAAGUAUGUCAUCAACCUAUGUGGUCAGGACUUUCCACUGCGGACGAAUUUUGAGCUGGUGUCAGAUCUAAAGAUGCUCAAAGGCAAGAACAUGGUGGAAACCAGACAACCCGGUGGAAAGAAGUGGCGUUGGAGUCAUCAGCAUGCUCUUAAAAAUAACAAAUCUGAAUACUAUAUGUCUCCUCGAACCAUUUCAAAGAUGAAACUGCCACCUCCUUACAACUUACAAAUGUUUGUGGGCAGUGCGUACUUUACACUCUCACGGGAAUUUGCACUUUUUGUUCAGUGGAGUCCUCUAGUCAGAGAUUUCUUGCUUUGGUCUGAGGACACAUACUCACCUGAUGAACAUUUUUGGGCAACUCUGGUUCGUGUGCCGGGAGCACCAGGAGAGGUGAUGAGAUCUGACCCCGACAUAACGGAACAUACAAGUAAAACUCGGCUGGUGAAAUGGUUGGCUUUUGAAAAUAUUCUUUACCCACCAUGCACUGGGAAGCAUGUACGGGAUGUGUGUGUUUAUGGUGCUGCUGAGCUAAGAUGGCUUCUUAACAAUGGUCACUGGUUUGCUAAUAAAGUGGACACAGACAUAGAUCCUAUUAUUAUUGAAUGUUUAGAGGAGAAGCUAAAAAAUCAAUGAAAUACUUUUUUAAAGGACAAAAUCUUAUUUAUUUAUUAAUUAGAUAUUAUUUAUUAGAAUGAUCUUGCUUGUAAAUGUAAAUGUAAUGUUCUAUAAUCACCAUGCACUGUGCUGUGUUUUACCUUAG